AUGACGACCAACGGCGAGCAGCAGAAUAAGCAGGACGUGAUCAACACCGACAUCAUCACCCUCACCCGAUUCCUCACAGAAGAGCAGUCGAAACACAAGGAGGCAACCGGCGACUUCACACUUCUUUGCCACGCCCUCCAAUUCGCAUUCAAGAGCAUCGCCUACUACAUUCGAAGAGCAUCGUUGGUCAACCUCACGGGUCUAGCUGGUCAGUCUAAUGCCACUGGUGACGAUCAGAAGAAGCUCGACGUAAUCGGCGAUGAGCUCUUCAUAUCUGCCAUGCGAUCCUGCGGUCGUGUGCGCGUCCUUGUCUCCGAAGAGCAGGAGGAGCUGAUCACAUUUAACGAGUUCCCCGAAGCUCGCUACGCCGUAGCAUGCGACCCCAUCGACGGCUCUUCCAACCUCGACGCCGGUGUUUCGGUCGGCACUAUCUUCGCUGUUUACAAGCUGGCCGAGGACGCAAAGGGCACAAAGGAGGACCUUUUGAAGCCUGGUACCGAGAUGGUCGCUUCAGGAUUCACCAUGUACGGCGCCUCUGCACAGCUCGUCAUCACAAUGAAGGGUGGCAACGUCAACGGCUUCACACUCGACACCGCAUUUGGCGAAUUCAUCCUCACACAUCCCGACAUGCAGAUUCCCAAGAAGCGUGCCAUCUACUCGGUCAACGAGGGUAACUCGCUCUACUGGGAAGACCCCGUCAAGGAGUACGUCAACAGCUUGAAGUACCCCCAGGAGGAGGGUGGCAAGCCAUACAGUGCGCGUUACAUCGGUUCUAUGGUCGCUGAUGCGUACCGGACACUGCUGUACGGCGGUAUCUUCGCGUACCCUGCUGAUAAGAAGAGCCCCAAGGGCAAGCUGCGUAUCUUGUACGAGUGCGCGCCCAUGGCUAUGGUCUUUGAGAACGCUGGCGGCAUGGCUAUCAACAGUAAGAUGGAGCGCAUGCUCGAAGUUGUGCCCGAGCACAUCCACGACCGAUCGGGUAUCUUCAUGGGCUCGGAACAAGAGGUACAGAAGGUCAUCGACACACACAAGAAGUUCCAGAAAUAG